AUGGAUAACUCAAAUCGCCUGUUCCGCUUCCCCAAGCCCGCAUGGCUCAACAGCGCAAACACGAGGACGGCCGGCGUCUACAUCGCUGGAGCUCUGUUUUCGCUCGGUUUCUACACCCUCAUCGAUAUCUCGGUAUGGUCCAAGUCGGCCAUGAACGGCUCCGACCCGCGCGUCCACAUCACCUUUGUUGAUUGGGUCCCCGGCAUCUGCAGCGCUCUCGGAAUGCUGGUGAUCAACAGCAUCGACAAGUCGCGACUCUCUGCCGACAGCUUCUCGUACUCUGGAAACGGCGUUGCGUGGAAGGCCAGGCUGGUGCUGUUCCUGGGCUUUGCGCUGCUGGCCGGCGGAUUGGCGGGAAGUGUCGUGGUCAUGGUGAUGAAGUUUGUUGUGCCAGAGCACACAUGGCCGACGCUCUGGAUGGGCGUUGGCAAUGUGGCUGCUAAUGCGCUGAUCAUGCUAAGUUCCGCCGUGCUUUGGGUUGCACAGAACAUGGAGGACGAGUACACAUACAACCUGGCGUUGUGA